AUGAACGGUAGCCUGGCCGACCAGCUUCAGAACCAUUUGGCAACGUAUGUACCACAAAUGCGGAAUCCUCCGAGAUCUGAUGAUACUCCAUCAUUUAUGAAUGGCACAACGGCGUCAGUGUCAAAUUCGAACGGCAGCAAUGGCGACCAGAAGUUUCCGUCGUAUAAAAGAAUGGCGCAGAGGCGAAAAGUCCCUGAAGGUGAGCUAUGCGCGGUGUGUUCUGACUUAGCUACUGGUUAUCAUUACGGUGUCGCCAGUUGCAAUGGAUGUAAAACAUUUUUCCGAAGGACAAUUGUGAGUGAGCAAACAUUCAUAUGCCAAUACAAUGGGAAUUGUGAUGUUAAUAAAAAUAUACGAUGUGCAUGUCGGCACUGUCGUUUUAAUAAAUGCUUACUUGUUGGAAUGGAUGCCAAAGCUAUUCAAAACGAUCGGGAUAGAAUUGGUCCGACGAAAAAGCCGAAAAUUAGUAGCGGGUCCGAUGAUGAGCAGGCAAACACACCGCUCCGAAUGCAAGACCAGGAAAUUAUCGAGCAAUUAACUCAAGUGGAAGUAUUGUGUCAAGAGCUCCGCAGAUGCAUAAUUCCAGAAGUAACAGGGGUCACACAAGCACUUACAUCGCCAUGCUUACUUUUUGAGACAACGGAGCUCAAAAUUGAUGUUAGUUGUACCAACACCGUUUUUAAAGAACUUUAUCCGGCCUCUAUGAACGACAUUCGAAUGUGGAAUAUUCGUGAAAUGCGAAUUUGCAUCGAAUGGGCCAAAACGUUCGACAUUUACCAACGCCUGGGCUUGUUUGACCAGUUUGCUCUUGUGCGGAACUUUGCUUUUGCUUUCAACCUUCUAAAUCGAGUAUUUUAUUCUCCGGAUCAUGGUCCUGACAAAAUUGUAUUUCAAAAUGGUGCAUUUAUAAUGAGGCAACCGCAGCAACAGGUCCAACUUUCUGGAUGUCGGCCAAUUUAUACUAGACAGAUGGAUGAAAUUAUGUUACCAUUCAGAAAAUUGCAACUUAGCGUUUCGGAAUUUGCUGCAUUCAAAGCUGCACUUUUCUUCAAUCCGGACGCUCUCGAUCUUAGUGCCCCAGCAAAACUGGAAGUGUUUGAAGAACGCAAUAAAUAUCUUGGUGCUCUGUUUACCUGCAUAACUCAAAAAUUAGGAAUCCCAACAGGGGUUCAGAAAUAUGGAAGCCUUUUAAUGAUGACAGCCAGCAUUCAGAACAUUCUCGCUCAAAACGAAGAAAAUAUGCAGGUCAUGGAACUCUUCAAAAAUUGGGAAGUCGAUCCAUUUGUCAAAGAAUUGUGCAUGAAGCGAGCUUAA